AUGGCAGAUUCAUCCGAAUUUUCAAGCCUAAAAUCUAGACAGAAACGUGUACUACCCUCGCGUUCUCGUCGUGGUGGUCCUGGAAUAGGAAGCUGUGAUGUUGACCUCAUGAUAUUGGACGCGCAGAGACGACGAUUCGAAAAUGAACCGCUCAUUCCGGCGAAUACACAGUUCUUAUUGACCACAAAUUCUACCCUCAUAUCCCAACCCUCGUCCUCCACCGACUUCGGACUCAAUAGUCAUGCAAACCAACGGUAUUUCGACAGGCCAGAUGUUAUUCAAGCUUAUCGAGAACAACAAAUUAUACAAACACCAGAAUUCACUAGUUUGUCGGCAGAUGCUAGCGUUGGGGCUAGAUUCAGACCAAGAAUUUCCGCGGAGCUCCCUGAGUCGGCAGACACCUCUGACGCUGUGUAUGAAAAGCGUCAUCGGAAGUACGAAACGUUUGAAAAGCGUCAGCGUCUCCGUGAGAAGGAGAAGCUGAAGCACGAGCAGUAUAAGCUCAAGGAGAGGAUAGAACAGCUGAAGGCGAUGGAUGGAAGUGCGUUCCUCGGAUUGCCUGCCACAUCCUUCCCCUUGCCGUCUGAGGAAGUUCAGGUUGAAGACGACGAAGACGCGGACCUUGCUGGAGCUCACCUUGACGGUGCAACCAUUUGCAAUGAGGGGGAGAGGCGACGGCAGGAGAUGCUUGAGGUGGCUUCUAUUUUGGAGGACCGGUAUCGCACCCUGCUACCGUCGGACAAGAAGAGCUAUUUUGAUCAGAAGAAGGCGAGCAGGCAGAGCAGUGUCAAUAUCCCUCCUCCAUCGGACGUCCGGCCGCAAGAGGAGCCAAUCGUUAAUGGCUGGGCUUCUGCGACCACCUUACCUACCAAGGCCAACACAUCACUUGUAUUGAAAAUCAAGGUGCCAAAACAGUCAAGCUUUUCCCCAUCAGUAUCCAGCACUCCAGCACCACCCAAGCCCCCAACUCGUCCAUUAUCUUCUUCACCACCCAAAUCGGUAUCCAGAGCGUCUCCAGCGAAACAAAUAUCCAGAGCCUCUUCGGAUACAGAGUCCGUCGAAUCCGAACGACCGCGCAAGCGCGCUAAAGCGUCACGCCUCGAUGAAUCAUACUCUCCACACUCUACUCCAGAACAUGCACCCCGACCUUCGCACUCCGCACCAGCACCCAAACCAGAACCAUGCGUGCUCAUGCAGGCUGCUAUCCGCGCCUCCUCUGCGCCAUCGGCUCGUAAAACGCAUAGACAUGUAACUGCGUUUGGUGCAAAAGUACCACAAGAAAUAGAGGAACUUAGGGACUUCGAGCUUCCUGAGUGGAUACUCCCUGCCGAACCCGAGUAUACGGAAUCUGUGGCUCACACACCAGAUACUGCUGUUGUCGCUGAAGAACAGCCUGAGAUGAAUAGUGCUGCGCUUGUUUGA